UCGAAUCUUUCGAUUCGCACACAUCUUCAUCUAAAUACAUGACACAUGCUGAAGCAGCAAAAAAACAUGAAAUAUUCGGUUUAAUUACUGAAAUUAGAGAUCUCCUCGACAAAAUCGGUGAAAUAGUACAAGCAGCUGAACAUAAUAAGCGAAUUUGUAAAGCAUUGAAACAGCGAAUUUACGUUAUGUAUUUGGCUAUACUUGAUCUUAAAGUUCAUGGAGACGAUAAAGAAUGUUUUAAUGAAAACAAUCGUCAAUCUCUACAAAAUUUAGUUGAUGUUAUAAAGAAAAUUAAAGAAUUUGUAGUAGAUAUUUCUCAAAUGACAACUUUGUUAAAGUCGAAUUAUAAUCAACCGAAAAAUAUUGAGAAAACUUUCAAAGAAUUAUGUAAAGAAUUUGACGAUUGUAUAAUAGGUGUUUCAUCAAAAUUUAAUACCACGAUUAAAAAUAAAAUUUAUCCCAAAGAAGAAGCUGAAGCAUUAAAAGCCGAUCAAGACGAAUUAAAUAAGAAUGUGACUAAGUGGGUUAAUGUUAAAAAUGAGGAUGAAGAGUAUGCAUUUAAAAGUAUAUCUGAAAGAGAUAAAAGAAGCGUGCAAAAUCAAGUUACAAUUCUUAGAGAACUUCACGAUUGGCAGAAUAUAAUAAAAUUUUACGGUCUUACUAAUGAUGGAAAUAAAUGGUAUUCAGUAACCGAAUGGGCUGAACAUGGAAAUUUACGUGAAUUUUAUACAAAUAAUAAAAAUUCAUUUGAUACUAAGCUAAAAUUACGCGUAUCCCUCGAUAUUGCUCGUGGAUUGAAUUUUUUAAGAACUGUAGAGAUUUUGCAUCGUGAUAUUAGAGCUGAGAAUGUAUUAAUCACACUUAAAAAUACAAAAAAUACAGCAAAACUUACAAAUUUUAAAUUAAGUCGCUCAUAUAACGCAGAUACGCUAAAUCAACACCAUAAUUUAGAACAAAUUCGGUACUGUGCUCCUGAAAUGCUGGAGAGGAUCCCAGGAUUCAAAUACAAUAAUAAAUGUGAAGUUUAUAGCUUUGGAAUUCUACUUUGGGAAAUUUCCGAAGAAAAAACUCCGUAUGAAAAUCAUGAUGAUUUUGUAGAAAUAACUAGACUUGUACUUGAUAAAUAUCGGGAACCAUUUUCUGAAAAUAGUCAAAAAAUGCCGGAUGAAUUCAAAAACCUAGCGCUUGAUGCUGUUAAUCACGACCCAGAAUUUAGGCCAAAAAUUACGACAAUGUUUGAAAUUCUUAGUAAUUGUUUCAAAUCUUUUGAAAACUCUUCAAACAUGCCUUUACAAGACAAAAAAAACGUAUUACCAAAGCAUGUUCCAAAGCUACCAGACUUCGAAUCAUUUAAUUACAUGACACUCGCUGAAGCAGCAAAACAACAUAAAAGGGUUGAUAAACAAGGCAAACCCCUCGGAGAUGUGAAGACUGCAUAUAAGUGUUUCGAAGCGUAUGCAAACUCCAAUACGACAACCCGUAAUCAAAUUAUGGCAAAAUAUUAUAAAGCAUAUUAUAUUUCAAAAGGAUUUGUUGAAGGUCCUCCGGAUAAAGAAAAAAUUGUUGCUGACCUAUUUAAAGAAGUUGCUGAUGAUGAAGCAAAUGAAUUUCCUGAUGCGAAAUUAAGAUAUGGAAUUUGUUUAUAUAAUGGUAAAGGCGUUAAAAAGGAUUUAUCAGAAGCUCUCAAAUAUUUUGAACAAGCUGCUGAAAAUGGUUAUAUGGUAGCAAUGUAUAAUGCUGGAAAACUGUACUAUGAAGGAGUUAGUGAAAUUGGAA